CAGCCCAUCUAAUUUUCGAAGGUGACGUGCGGGAAUGGCCAUGGAGUAAGAAAAAGUUGAACACUCAGCACACGAUCACUGGUUAGGCCUGAAAGAGACGCCAUGGACCAAAGGGCAGAGCAUCCAAUGACAAUAACGCCUACACUUGCCUACCUUUGGAUAUCCUUUGUCCCUCUCUCUCUUUUUCCUAUAUAUACACACACACACACAUAUCUGGACUUGUCCUGAGCCAGUAGUUGGUGGGUUUGUUCUUUCGAAAAAGAUCAGCACUCUAUUAUUUUAAUCCGGUCACAACACCAACAAGAAACCUGGAGUGGAGGAAAGGGAAAGUGAGCCCAAUUGUGAGUAGCUUAAAGGCUAGGUUGAAUCUGAAACCGAUGCCGUUGAAUAUAUUUCAUGAUGCUGAUGGACUGCCCAGGAUUAUCUUGAGUGAGCCCUCUGGUUCAUCUGCUGAGGUGCUUCUGUAUGGUGGACAGGUUGUUUCCUGGAAGAAUGAACGCGGAGAAGAAUUACUUUUCAUGAGCAGAAAGGCUGUUUGGAAGCCACCUAAAGCCAUCAGGGGAGGUAUACCAGUCUGCUUUCCACAGUUUGGGAAUCUUGGUUUACUAGAGCAGCAUGGAUUUGCAAGGAACAGAUUGUGGUCACUGGAUAGUGAUCCUUCACCUUUGUCCCCAGUGAAUAACCAGUCAUCAGUGGAUCUGAUACUGAAGUCCACAGAAGAGGAUGUGAAGACUUGGCCACGUGGCUUUGAGUUGCGACUUCGUAUCUCUCUCAGUCCUGGGAAGCUCACUUUGAUCCCUCGUGUGAGAAAUACAGAUAACAAGGCCUUCUCUUUUACAUUUGCACUCUGUAACUACUUGUCUGUGUCAGAUAUCAGUGAAGUGCGUGUUGAGGGCUUGGAGACUCUUGAUUAUUUUGAUAAUCUAAUGCACAGAGAAAGAUUCACUGAGCAGGCAGAUGCAAUUACGUUUGAUGCCGAGAUUGAUAGGGUAUAUUUGAGCACCCCUACAAAGAUUGCUAUUAUUGACCAUGAGAAGAAGAGAACCUUUGUGCUGCGGAAGGAUGGCAUGCCUGAUGCAGUUCUGUGGAAUCCUUGGCACAAAAAGGCCAAGGCUCUCCAAGAUUUGGGAGAUGAGGAAUAUAAAACAAUGAUAUGUGUGGAUUCUGCUGCUAUUGAAACCCCAAUUGUCUUGAAACCUUUUGAAGAGUGGAAGGGCCACCAAGAACUCUCUAAUGUGUCAUCAAGUUAUUGCAGUGGGCAGUUGGAUCCUAGGAAAGUUCUUUACGGCUUUCAAUGAUCUCACCCUUGUAAUGCAUGGAGGAGAUUUUCUUGUAAGCUAUAACUGUCAUAUUAUUGUAAAAUAUGCAUGCACUUACUUUGUCUAUGUAUUAUCUUUAGGAUUCUUAGAGCAAGAUUUAAUUAUCAUAUUCUGAGGUGACACUGUCACAUUGUUUGAGCAACAA